GGUUUUUGACAUCUACCUAAAAGUGAAUGAGCAAAAGAUGAAGAUGAUGAAGUAUUUACUGAUAAACUUGUUUUAUUCAAUCCUCGAGAAGCCGGAGAAUGAAUCUUCUCAGCACAAGAAAAGUGAUGGUAACUUUGCAGAAGAGCACUAGUUCUGGUGAUGCAGACCAAGUUAACUUGCAAACAGGUUUCCAGGGCCAUUUCUGUAGCUUGACUGUGUUUCUGUUAGCACUUUGCGUGCAGAAUUAUAAGUUUGCAGAGCUGAAUUCAAUGGAUAUUCUGCUGAAGCAAAGCGCUUACUUUUGGUUGGCCAAGGGUCUAGCAUAUAUCUCCAUCGACAAGGAUGCAGGAGAUGUGAUGAAACUUUGGCCUUGGUCUCUCUGUUGCAACUUGCAAGGCAAUGGUAGUUGGUGGGCGAAGGAAAACUGUCUGCUUUUUGUCUACCUUUCUAUCUCUGUUUCUAAUAUAUCAUUGCUUCUGACAAAUGUUGAAGCUUUUGAUUAUCCAUCAACUGUGAGGCCUCCCGUCUCUUGGAGUAACCACCUCCCAACUGACUUCAAUUUUUGGGAAUUAGCGGGGGAGAGACCUAUCUUGGUUAAUGGGAGUUUUGUGUGUGGCUUCCACUGCAAAUUUGAAGGAACCGCCUGCCUCUUUGCUAUUUCCAUCUUCCCAUCUAGUCUUGAUAGGCACUCCAGCUUUUCUACACAAAUGGUAUGGUCUGCUAACCGAAACAAGCCGAUUGGACUUGGGGCAAAAUUGCAAUUUUCUCGAGAAGGGGAUUUAACAUUGCAAGAUGAUCAUGACACUUUGGUUUGGUCUACAAACACAACAGGUAAAUUUGUUUCAGGAAUGAAGUUAACUCAUCAGGGUAACCUUGUACUGUUUGAUAGAAACAAUGACACAAUUUGGCAGUCUUUUGAUCAUCCAACAGACUGUUUAGUUCUCGGACAGAGGCUUGUUUCUGGGCAGAAACUGAAAGCUAAUAUGUCAGCCACAAAUUGGACGGAGGGUUUAUAUUCAUUUUCAGUUGAUAGUUUUAAUGGUUGUUUUGUUGCUUCUGUAGGGUCAGAUGCCACACUAGACUAUUACCAAUCCUCUGAUUCUCAAAGAAAGAAAAUGUCGCAGUUUUAUGCUGAAUUCAGUGACACUAAUUUUGGUACUUUCACUUUUUCACAGGCUGGAGUUAGUUUUAUACAAUUAGGAUUUGAUGGGCACUUAAGGUCUUUUCGUUGGGUAGAAUCAGAAUGGAAGGAAGUCGAUGAUUUGUUUAAGGAUAGACUCAAUCGAUGUGAUUAUCCACUGGCGUGUGGAGAAUAUGGAAUUUGUUCAACGGAUGGAAGAUGCAGUUGCCCAGAACCAGAUGAAAACCAUACAAUGCACUUCAAGAUGAUUAAUUCUGAUCAGCCAGAUCUUGGGUGUUCUCCUUAUGUAGCAGUAUCUUGUAAGUCUUCUUCCCAUGAAAGUCUUCUGGAGAUCAAGAAUGUUUCUAGCUCUGCUAGCUACCUUCGAGAUAAUUCUAAUAUAAUAGACAUCGAGAGCUGCAAGCAAGCCUGUUUAAACAACUGUUCUUGCAAGUGCAGAGUUCAAUCAUAGUGCAGAGCUCUCCAGGACAUUUUCCACAAAGAAAGAAAAGAAGCAAGGUGGUAGUUAUACUUGCAAUCACUCUAGGAGCCACUUUUAUUGGCUUUCUUAUCUCCACUGUCUUUUUACUACAAAUUAAAAAG